AUGCGCGCAACGUCUAUAUCAUAUUCAAAUGAAGCUUUUAUAUUUCAAGGGCUAGUGGAAGAGGUCGAGGGUGGUGGAGAGAGGAAAGGGAUGGAGGGAAUGUUCGGGAUCGUAGGCAUAAAGGGGAGCGGUGAGAGUGGUGGGAGUGAUGGGAGGUUCGGGACGGUCGGGUUUGUGGUGGGGAGUCCCGGGAUCGAGGGCAGUGGCGGGAGCGUCAUCCCCGGGAUCGUCGGCAUCCCCGGGAUCGUCGGAAUGUUCGGCAAUUGUAGCAGAUUGCGAGCCGCUUCGCAACGACCCGUUUGGUCGGUCGCAAGGACAGCCACAAGCACCAAAACGAAGGCCGUGAAGAAGAAGCCGCAUGUGGAAGCCAUUGAUGCUGCUUCUUUUGAUUGCGAAAGUAUAUGCGAGCUUGCCGGAUCAAUCGGGGCUUCGGAUGAGGGGAAGAGGGAGAGUUUCUGGAGUGUAUAA